UCUACCAGAUGCUUAAUGGGCAAAUGCACCCGACGGGCAAUGGCACGAUGGUCGACGGUGCUGUCCGGGGCGUUCUUGGCUCUUUCCAUGGUCCUCUCCCUGGGAAAGCUGUUGAUGCUUGCCGCGGGGACCGGAAGCAAUGGGGACCUCACGGAAGCGGAACAGUGGCUUACAGAGAUCGGCCUCGCGCAGUAUCGCUCCUUGUUUAGAAAGAAAGGCAUCUCGACCCUCGCGAGCUGCGGCGAGGUCGACGCGCUGCCCGAGUUGCCGGCGCAAGAUGAGGAACGUCUGCAGCGUGCCGCGCGUCUGCUGCAGCAGAGACUGGUGCUACGUCAAUGGCUGACGGAUCACGGCCUACAAAAUUAUUAUCAAAGGCUGAUGCAAAUGGAGGUGAUGUCCCUGGAGGACGUGUACUGGAUGGAGGACAAUGCGGUGCGAACGGCUCUUGGCAAGGAUCUGCCGCGAUGGAAACAGGCCAGACAGACGUUGCCUAUUUCAAAAGAGGAUUUAGAAACCCUCAAGGCGGAUCUGUGGAGCGCCGUUGUGAAGAACAGCCAACACCAAGACGCCUGGACAUGGGGUGGUAUGUUGGUGGUUUCCGUGUCGGUUGCGGGGUUGGUUACUCUGGCUGCUAUGACGCAGCCCGCUCUGGCACCCGAAGCAAAACACUCUCUUCUGCAGUACGUCACAGGGAAAUAUUUAUUGCCGAGCAACUGCCGCGUUCACUUCGAGUGGGAAGAGCCUCAGCUGGUCGGCGAAACGAUGACUUUUACGGUUAAAUUUUAUCAACGCAACGGUCAGCCGUAUCCUAUAUGCGACAAGGACAAUUUGAUUGUGGAGGUUACGCAGGCCACGCGCAGAGUGGCCACUCUGAUAGAACUGGGAGGCACCGACCCCUUAGCCGCGAAUACCGCGGUGGUUAAGUUCACCGUUCGCCACGCGGGAAAGUAUCGAAUAGCUGUACUUAUCGGAUCGUGUCACGUACACGGUAGCCCUUUUCUGAAAAAUUUUCUCCCCGGUACGUAUAUCACGUUACAAACGUCACAAUGUGGAAAAGCGAUAUUCGUCAACGUGAACGAAAGCUCUUUUGUGAUGUUGUGUUUGGGUUUUAGCCGAUGGCUUGUAAACAAAAAAACAUUUGAAAAAAAUAUAACAAGUCUGUUCAACAAUUUCACGAGUGUUAAGUCUUUUUUUAUAGAUACUUAUCGCCUCUGUCUGUUUCUAUGUAAAAUGCGAUCAUAUCACAUCUCGCGUCUCUUCUCUCUCUCGCUGUUAGGUUCCGUCGCGAGAAUGGUGUGCAAUAACGUAGCGUCUAAAGACCCCGAUAUCUGUUACGUCGCCAAGCUGCUGGGCAUGCAGGGAGAGAGGUUUACCAAACCGAAGAAGGUCUUCUGCUUUAUCUCGCCCAAGCAACUUACGAUCAAGGAGUAUUUGUUGAAAUUCAUUCCCAAAAGACUCGUGACGUUCAGACUGUGUCCCUCGACCAAGUUUCAUUUUGAGAGUUCGACCAAUCAGCACGAGGGUUAUUAUCCGUUCUCGAUAGACGACGGAUGUCAGCCGCCCGUUGAAUUGAUAUCCCUGUAUCGCGACAUAAUAGCCGCGACGUUCACGUUGUUUCUGUUGAAGAACAUAGGCGGCAGCGAGACCUUCGCCGACAAACAAGACUUUUUCUAUCACGAGGUCCGUAAGCAUCAUCAGAAGCAUUAUCACGAGAAACUGUCGAUAAAGGUGCAACGUGACAAACUUUUGGAGUCGUCUAUGAAAGCAACCAAAGGAUUUUCCGUGAGCGAUUGGUGUCGAAAUUUCGAAAUUACUUUUCAAGGCGAGCAGGGCAUCGAUUGGGGCGGCGUGAGACGCGAGUGGUUCGAAUUGGUUUGCGCCGCGCUGUUCGAUCCGGGAAACGGUUUGUUCGCGUCCUUCGGCGAGUCGCAACAAGCACUGGUUCAUCCGAAUCCCAAACGGCCUCCGCAUCUGAAAUUGAAACAUUACGAGUUUGCCGGACGUAUCGUCGGCAAGUGUCUUUACGAGUCGGCGCUCGGCGGGUCCUAUCGUCAGUUGGUUCGCGCGCGAUUCACCAGGUCGUUCCUCGCGCAAAUUAUAGGACUGAGAGUACAUUAUAAGUAUUUUGAGCAGGACGAUCCUGACUUGUAUUUAAGUAAGGUGAAAUACAUCCUCGAGAAUGACGUCGAAGAAAUGGAACUGUACUUCACCGAAGAGGAAUACGACAAGGGCGGUCAAUUAUUGAAGGUGGCGGAAUUAAUUCCCGGUGGUAGCAAGAUCAAGGUAACCAAUGAGACGAAACUUCGUUAUCUGGACGCGCUUGCUCAGCACCGACUCGCCAGUUCCAUUCGCAACGAGAUCGAUCAUUUCCUACGCGGCCUCAACGAACUGAUCCCCGACAACCUAUUAGGAAUAUUUGACGAGAACGAAUUGGAGUUGCUGCUGUGCGGAACUGGCGAGUACAACGUCGCGGAUUUGCGGGCUCAUCACAUAGCCAACGGCAGUUCUCCGGAAUUUCUCCGAGUGCUGGACUGGUUCUGGACCGCGGUUAGCAAUUUCACACAGGAGGAAAUGGCGCGAUUGUUGCAAUUCACUACGGGCUGCUCGCAAUUGCCGCCCGGAGGAUUUCAACAGCUGAGCCCGCGCUUUCAGAUCACAGCCGCGCCGACAUUCGCUAACCUACCCACAGCGCACACCUGUUUCAACCAACUGUGCUUGCCCGAUUACGAGAGCUACGAUCACUUCGAGCGAGCGUUGCUGUUGGCGAUCAGCGAAGGCACCGAGGGUUUCGGCAUGAUCUAGAAAUUGGAAGUGGAAACCCGUAAAAAUUUAAUUCUAGUCGAGUUUUUAUCUAGAACACACCCCACUGAUUACAUUGAAUGAAACCGAUUAAUAACCGUAUCAAUUUUUUCCUCUGACAGUAAAAAAAAAAUCAGAUCCUUUCUCGAAGAUACGGUCACGAGUUUCCUUUUUUUUUUCGUAGCGCAACUUUCGCACUGUCAGCGAAGUCGAAAAGAGAGGAUUGAAUAUAAAUCCUCGACCGCACGCGUUUUUUUGAUACGUAGCCGAUUUAGAAACUUUUUUGGAAUUAUACGUAUGAAAAUUAUUUUUGUUUUUCAUUUUGACGCCAAAAGACUAUGUGAGAAACAAUUUACUCUUCCGAGACGCGAAAGAGACGUGUGAAGGACAUGCAGUUUCUAUGCCGCGCGGCGACGUUUUUAUAAAAAAAAUAAAAUAAAAUAAAAUAAAUGAAAAAAAAAAAAACGAUGGAUCCAGCAAAGAGCAAUGUUGCCUCAGAACAUCAGAAUUGCUCAAUAUAAUAUAAUAUUGUAUCAAGAUGUAGGCGUAGCCGAAGUUACAAAUAGAUAUGUAAAACGAGAACGUAAGAGGAAUUUAAAAACGCGUUUUCUUUGAGAAACAACAAUAGUAGUUUUUAACGUCGCUGUAUAAUAACGUAACGACGUAAACCA